CGGGAAUCCGGCGACGAUGACGACAGGCUGAGCUCCUUACCGGACGAAAUAACCUCCCACCUUCUUUCCUUCUUGGAAACCAAAUACGCCGUCGGCACCUCCGUCCUAAGCCGACGGUGGAAGGAUUGCUGGACUAGGGUUUCCAAUCUCGAUCUCGACAACAGCUUGAUUUUGAGGUCCCUGGACGAAGCGCCGAAACUGAAGUGUGUUCCAAACAUUUUAAACAGGCGGCACUUGCUAUUUACCCGCUUCGUCGACAAAGUACUGGGUCAGCACGCGAGUCUCAAUUCUGUCCGCCGUUUCCGCUUCCAUUUAUCUCAUUCAAAGAGGCUUUCUGAAGCUAGGUUUGACAGGAAAUUGGUGUUUGGUGCUCUAAUGGAGGAGAUCGAUGUUAUGAUUUCGAAAAAGCAGAGAUUCGGAGAACCCUUGCGCUUGAGCUGCAUUCCAGAGAGCUUCUACACUUUGAAGAAUCUGAGAGUUGCCGAGCUUUCUGGGGUUGUACUGGGUGCAACAAACCAGUCCGUUUUUCUUCCUAAUGUGGAGAUUUUGAAGCUUUGUUCUGUGGAGAUUGACUUCGAUUCAUUAGGCAGCCUCCUUUCUGGCUGCCCUGUUCUUGAGACUGCUCAUCUGGAGAGUUGCAAACCCAGUUCUUUCAAUUCCAGGAAGCACGUAAUCGAGGUUUCCUUACCAUCCUUGAAGAAACUGAAGAUUGGUGAUGAUAUGAGAAGGGAUGUGAUGUUGUGCCCCUUUGUUAUCGAAGCACCGAAUCUUGAGGAUCUUUAUCUUAAGCAGUUUGUAAGGUUGCAGUUUAAGGGUAGUAGUCCUUUGUCAUGGCUCAAUUCAGCGAGCGUUGAUACGGGCUACUGCGAAUUCUCGAAUGGUUUUCUGAUGAGGCUCCUCAAUCAGAUCUCCAAUGCAAAGAAAAUGUGCUUAUCCCGCAUGACUCUGAAUAAUCUGUGGGAGGUGGAUGAUGUUAAACUUCCUGUCUUUCCCAAUUUGACACAUUUGACAAUCGGAACCGGAGGCAGUAGCUGGAUUUUGCACUCCUUGCUCAAAUCCGCCUCCAAACUCCGAUCUCUUGUCGUUGACAUGAAGCUGGAGAAGCACUCUGGAGAACCAAUGCUGUGGGAGAGUUUGGAAACUGCUAGCGUGCCAGAGUGUUUGUCGUCAACUCUGGAGGAAAUCGAGAUCAAGGAUCUUGUAGCAUAUCAAGACGAGAUGAACACGAUAGCAUAUUUGCUCAAUGCUGGAGCCGUCCUGAAGCAGGUGAACAUGCACGUAAAUGGUCGUUAUCUAGAACUGAAUGGUCGCGAAGAGCUUGAUUCACUACUGAAAUUUUCAAGACGAUCAAGCGCUUGUGAAGCUCGUCUCUUGUUUCCCAACAUCGACGAUAUCUACACCGAUAGCGACGAUGAGACCUACAUUUCAGACGACGCAGUGUGGGCUCUUUGAAACUGAUGGACGAGGACAAUAUGGAAGGAGCCUCUGAUAACAUGUCAAAGCUCACCCGUUGCAGUAGGAAAUAAAAUUCAAGUCGGAACAAGAUCUCGGUUGCUGUAACCGUCAAUGAAGAAUUCAGCAACAACAACGAAACCAAUUGCGAGGCAGACCAUCAGAAGAACCUUCCAUCUCCUUCCCUGAGAAACAGCAAUCAACGACGACGGAGGUGACAGUCUCUUCUCCGGAAUUACAUGUUUUGCAGGCACCAAAUCCAGAGUAGUAGCAGCAGCAGUAGCAUCCUCUCUGUCUUCUCUCCCGACGACGUCCACCGCCGCCUUCUUCAGACACUCAUCGCACACGAACGAAGACGACGACGAAGACGAAUCCGGAGAAAACCCUUCUUCUUCCGGUCCUUUUUGGUCGUCCUGAUAACCGCCAAUAUCAGGAUGGGAACCAUACCAGUCGACAAAAUCGGCAACAUCAUCAUCCUCUGUUUCCUGUUGAUCGUCAUGGAACAGCCUCCUUCCCUUGACACGGCCAUUGACAAUGGCGGCCCUCCGCUCCAUCAGAACUUCCUCAACGGCCAAGUCGUUGGUCCUGACUUUCCAUCUCCCGGUAGCCGGAGCAGAGCCAACGCCCAGUUGGAGGGAAGCCGUUAAACUCGGUGGGGAGUUUUCCACCAUUGACAAGGCUCCCCUGUUUCUGUUCCGCCCUGAAGAAGAUGAUGAUGAUGAUGGGGGAGAUUGUUUUGGGCGUAAGUUUGGUUUCCUUGCCUUUAACUGCGCUUUGCGAGAGACCCAGUAAUCUUCCAAGUGAUCUAGCUUUUGCAAGAGUCCUCCUUCCUCUUCUGCUGCUGCUGCUUUGGGGCUUUGUUCGUUUUCGGAUUCAGUCAUGGCUGUUCGGUUCCCCUGUUUUUUGUUUUUUAAAAAAAUUUGGUUGUGGAUUUCUGAUCUUUGUAGAAGUUGUUGAUGACGGUUUCGGGAUUAAAGUGGAGAUUACGGGGCCUAAAAUAUAGCACGAAAUAUAUUGAAAUCUAAACGAUAAGUAUCUCA